UAACUACUGACCCUAAACAAAAAUGAUAUUUAUCUCGAUGUUGAAUACUCCCUCCGUUCCUAAAAUAUUUAUAUUCUAGAUAAAACUUUUAUUUCAAAAAGAUACAUAUUUUAUAUUUGUAAUGUAAAUUUUGUCAACUAAUAAUGAAAAAUUGUGAAGUUCAAGAACAUUAAUUAUAUUUUUUAAAAUUUUAUUGGUUUAAAAAUAUACUAAGAAAUAUAAAAUUACAAAAAACUAUGCAUUUAUAGCUAAAUUUUAAUAUGUUUUAUUAAAAAAUAUAAAAAAUUUAAAACAUAAAUCUUUUAGGCACGGAAAGAGUAUAACUUGUUCAUUAUGUGCUAAAAUAUUUAAUGUAUCAUAUAAACAUUAAGAUGUGUCAUCUUUUAUGUGACUUAAUGUGUUUUCUUUAUUUUGUUUGUGGUAACCUGUAACAAAUUACAAUAACUUCUAAUACAAUUGAUUUGGUCCUUUUUUUUCAUCGUGAAUCUCGUUGGCAUAGUCAAGCUUGUCAGGUUCAGACGAUGUGAGGACCUUCCUCGAUUAUUUCUCCACGAUGCUAGUCAAUUGAUGUUUCUAGUGAUGACGAGAAUGUCAAUAAUGUAUCCGAAUGAUGAUGUAAUAUUUUUAAUAUGAUUUACUUCAGACUUUAUGUAUUUGUUUAAUCAUGAAAAUUAAAUUAUAUAAUUUGAUUUUGUGUAAGGCAAUUGAAAGUUUGGGGUUUGGAAAGAAGAGAUUGGAAUUAUAAAUUAAGGAAUUUGAGGUUUGGAGUUUUGGGUUAUAGGGAUUUACAUAUCUUCCUCGUAAAAUCCUCGUAAAAAAAUACGGACCUUGUUAUUUACUCGUAAAUUAACGAGGUUUUUGCGACGAAAUUUAAAAAAACUUCCUCGUAAACUGCUCGUAAAAAGAAAACGUGGGCCUUGUUAUUUUCUUGUAAAUUUACAUAGAAUUUAUGACGAAAAUUAAAAAUGCAUGUGUUUAUUUUGUUUAAUCAUGAAAAUUAAAUUAUAUAAUUUGAUUUUGUGUAAGGCAAUUGGAGGUUUGGGAUUUGGGGUUUUAAGGAUUUACAUAUCUUCCUCGUAAAAUCCUCGUAAAAAACACGGGCCUUGUUAUUUACUCGUAAAUUAACAAAGUCUUUACAACGAAAUUUAAAAACACUUCCUCAUAAACUACUCGUAAAAAAAACGCAGGCCUUGUUAUUUCCUCGUAAAUUUAUGUGGACUUUACGAUGCAAAUUAAAAAUACAUGUGUUUAGUUUGCUUAAUCAUGAAAAUUAAAUUAUAUAAUUUUAUUUUGUGUAAGACAAUUAGGGGUUUGAGGUUUGGGGUUUCGGGUUUUAGGGAAUUUCAUAUAUUCCUCGUAAAAAAACAUGGGCCUUGUUAUUUCCUCGUAAAUUAACGAGGUUUUCACGACAAAAUUUAAAAACAUUUUAUCGUAAACUACUCGUAAAAAAAUGCGAACCUUGUUAUUUCCUCGUAAAUUUACGUGGAUUUUACGACGAAAAUUAAAAAUGCAUGUGUUUAGUUUGUUUAAUCAUGAAAAUUAAAUUAUAUAAUAUUAUUUUGUGUAAGGCAAUUGGGGGUUUGGGGUUUCGGGUUUCGGUUUUAGGGAUUUACAUAUAUUCCUCGUAAAAAAACAUGGAUUUUGUUAUUUCCUCGUUAAUUAACGAGGUCUUUACGACAAAAUUUAAAUACACUUCGUCGUAAACUACUCGUAAAAGAAACACGGGUCUUGUUAUGUUUUCGUAAAUUUACGUGGACUUUACGGCGAAAAUUAAAAAUGCAUAUUUUUAGUUUGUUUAAUCAUGAAAAUUAUAUUAUAUAAUUUGAUUUUGUGUAAGGUAAUUGGGGUUUGGGCUUUAGGUUUUCGGGUUUCAGAUUUUGGGUUUUAGGGAUUUACGUACAUUCCUCGUAAAAAAAAACAUAGACCUUGCUACUUUCUCGUGUUUUUGUGGAGAUAAGAUCUCGUUCGUGUUUACGACAAAAAAUAAAUAACAAAAAAAUGGAGCUUGUUACUUCCUCGUAAUUUCACGAGGAUUUUACGACGAAAUAUAAUUUCCUAUAUAUACUGAACCAUCUCACUUCUCAUUUCGUAGUCAUUUCAUUUCCUUCUCCUAGCAAGGGACUCCUCUCUACUUCCUCUUUAGUUUAGUUUAGAUGGUUAGUUUAGGAUAAUUAGUGUUGAUAAGGCAGUUAGUGUAGAUAAUUUGUAGAUAGGUUUAUGAAAUUUGUUGAUAACAUAAGAUGAUGAUUUUUAAAUGUUAAUUAAUAAUAUAUUUAUAUGUUUCUUUUCAGAUGGUUAAUAAUGAAAAUUAAAUAUAUAUAUAUUUUAGAUGGUUAGAAAGAACAAGCGUACAGUAAAUGUGGAGAUAAGAUCUCGUUCCAGAGCCACUCCGCACACAUAAGGAUGAGGAAGAAGUAGAGAGGAAGAGUCAAGACCUCUUCCAGGAGAUGCAGAACAACAAACCUUAGACAAAUUAUUUUUAGUAUUGAUUUAUUAUUUACAUUUUUAAUAAUUUUGAAAUAAAUUUAAAAAUAAAUUUGAUUAUUUUUUUUGUAAAAAAUAAAGAAUCGAAGCAAAUUCGUAGCUAAAUUAUGUCUAAUUAAAGAGAAAAUUGGAAAAUGGUUAUUGAGGAAUUUACGAAGAAAUUUUUUACGUGUACUUUACGAGGUACAUGUUUACGUGGUUUUUACGAGAAAAUAGUUUAUAUGUCUUUUACGACGAAACUAUUGACACUACUUUACGACGAAACCUUUUUUCUCGUAACUUUAUGACGAAUUAGCGAUGGAAUAUACGAUUAACGAGGAAUGACUUUCUUAGUUAUUUCACCGUAAACUCUAUUUUACGACGAAAUAACCAUGAAAACUGUCGUCAUUAUACAUGCGAUUUCUCGUAGUGAAUAUUUAUCAGUAUUAUAAUUUACUUAUUUUGUAAAUGUUUAUCGAUGUGCAUAUAUCUUAUCCAUUAUAAUUUUGGAACUAAAGGCAAAUAUUUCAUCUCCUUAUGCCUGGACCGACCCUGAUCCAAUGCCUUCAUGAAUCUACCAUUAUAUCUUCGCCACAUACAGCAACAAUAAUAAUAAUAAAAAAUUUCUGUAUUUUAAUCUCUAAACACAAUGGUUAUCACCACAGACGCCUCCGGCGAUGAACUCGGAAACCCAGCCGUUAGAUUCUACCCUGGUGGAUGGAGAUCAGCGAGGCUCAUCAUCUUUGUAGAAAUGGCAGAGCGGUUCGCGUAUUUUGCGAUAGCGUCAAACCUGAUAACGUACUUGACAGGGCCAAUGGGUGAGUCAACGGCUGUAGCCGCGGCUAAUGUGAACGCUUGGAUUGGAACCAUAUCGUUCCUGCCGCUUCUUUGGGCGUUUGUAGCUGACGCGUUUCUCGGUCGUUUCCGUACAAUCAUCAUCUCAUCUUCUCUCUACAUCUUGGGACUUGGGUUACUGUCCUUUUCAGCCAUGAUUCUGUCACGCUCCCAAGCUCCGGAUCAACUCCAAGUGGCUCUCUUCUUUGUCUCUCUGUACCUUAUAGCCAUAGGACAAGGCGGUUACAAACCGUGUAUUAAGGUAUUUGGAGCAGACCAAUUCGAUGAAAAUGAUCUAAAUGAAGCCAAAGCCAAGAGUUCUUACUUCAACUGGUUGAUGUUUGGAAACUGUGUUAGCAUAUCAACAACUCUUUUUGUAUCUACCUACAUCCAAGAGAAAGUAAGCUGGUCCUUAGGGUUUGGUAUUCAAUGUGUUUCCAUGCUACUUGCUCUGUUUCUCUUCCUCCUUGGAACUAAGACUUACCGCUUUAGCACUACACGAGGAGGAAAGAACAACCCUUUUGCUAGAGUUGGCCGUGUUUUCAUGGAGGCAGUAAAAAACAGAAGACAAGACCAUUUAAGUUUAGGUAAUGCAAGCGAGAGCCUCCCUCUACACCCUCACCAGAGUUCCGAACAAUUCAGAUUCCUCAAUAGAGCAGCGAUUUCGUGUGACUUAGCUGAAAUUGAAGAAACAAAAGCAGUGCUUAGGCUUGUUCCCAUAUGGAUGAGUUGCUUAGUCUAUGCCAUUGUAAAUGCACAAGCUUCUACUUUCUUCAUAAAGCAAGGAGCCACAAUGGACAGGUCAAUCUCACCAGGAUUCUUAGUCCCUUCAGCUACAUUCCAAAGUUUCAUAAACAUAUCGAUUGUCAUCUUCAUCCCAAUCUAUGACCGUGUACUUGUUCCAGCCGCAAGAUCCUUCACGCAAAUCCCAUCAGGAAUCACUAUGCUUCAAAGGAUUGGCACGGGCAUUUUCCUCUCCAUUAUUGCUAUGGUAGUAGCCGCCUUGGUCGAGACCAAAAGGCUACAAACUGCAAAGGAUGACCUAACCAUACCAAUGAGCGUGUGGUGGCUGGUUCCGCAGUACGUUAUAUAUGGAGUCGCGGACGUAUUCACAAUGGCGGGUUUGCAAGAGUUUUUCUACGACCAAGUCCCUAGUGAGCUUAGGAGCGUUGGUAUGGCUCUUAACCUAAGCAUAUUCGGGGCCGGAAACUUCUUAAGCAGCUUCAUGAUAUCUAUCAUCGAUAGAGUCACAAGCCAGUCUGGUCAAACGAGCUGGUUCGAUAACAACCUGAACAAAGGUCAUCUAGAUUAUUUCUACUGGCUACUGGCUUCUCUCAGCCUCAUUGGUUUUGCUUUCUACUUGGGGUUCACCAAGUCGUAUGUGUACAAUAGACCAAAUACCUUCUAACGCAUUGUCUUCUGUGUUCUGCCUACAAAAUUGAGCUUUCUCCAUUUACUAAAAUGGAAUUGAGAACCAACGAAAUCAAUAUUUGUAAAUUAGGAUGAUAAUUUAAUAAUAUGUAACAUUUUUAAUGUU